AUGGCACGGCUGGAAGAGACGGUGGCGCGUUUGGAGUAUGAAUUUAUGAAUGGAGCUGGAGAUGCGGACUGUUACCAGCAACUGAUCAAGUACGGAUCGAUGCUUAAGGCUUAUCGCGAAAAGCAAAGGGAGCGGCUGCAGACUAUGGCAGGUGUACAGCAGGAGGUUUUUGGAGAAGUUUCGUCUAAGGUCUUAUCAAGCCGCAUAUCAUCACAAAGGGCGCAAACGACGAUAGAGGAGAUUUCAUACAAGGGAGAGUGCUUCGUGGGAGAGAGAGAAGUACUUACAGCGGCAUCCAGAUACUUUACAGAAGCUUUUGCUGCUCAAGAGUCGGAGGCGAAAGAAGCUUGGCGCGUUGACCCUGCGAAAGUCCUGGGGUUACCCGAAAAAGAGCUGUUGAGAGCCCCUUGGACAGAGGAAGAGGUGCGACUGGCGAUCAGGCAGCUGCCGAAGGGGAAGGCGCCUGGCCUGGAUGGGCUCCCCAAAGAGAUUUUUGAGGAAAAUUGGGAUCUGCUUGGACCGCAUUUCUUCGCCUUCACUAAAGACUUCGAAAAGUCGGCGACUCUCCCAUCCUCACUGACCACGGCGGUGACGAUCCUCCUGCACAAGAAAGGAGACAAGGCGCGGUUAGAAAAUUACAGACCUAUCACACUCCUGAGUGCAGCUUAUAAGAUCGUGGCGAAGGUGCUGGCGAACAGGAUAAAAAAGGUGUUACCACUGGUCAUUUCGGAGCAUCAGUUUGGCUUCAUACCAGGGAGGAAGCUGGCAGAUGCUGUUGAUGUGGUGGCGGAUGUCAUCGAUGCAGCGGCGUCAGGGAGAGAAGACUGGUAUCUCCUCUUGGUGGACUUCCAAAAAGCAUAUGACUCAAUAUCAAGAGCCUACAUGUUCCAAACACUGGAAAGGAUGGGGUUUCCGGAGGAAUUUGUGGGCUGGACGAAAGGGCUGCACACGCAAGCGGGUACGCAGCUGCUGAUCAACGGGUGGCUGGGAGAUAGGGUGGAUAUGGAGAGAGGCGUCAGACAAGGUUGUCCUCUCGCCCCCUAUCUUUUCAUCUGUGCAGCGGAACCGCUCAGCCAAGAGAUCAAGAGGCGGCGCCUAGGGGUAUGGAAGAGAGGGAUUGGAAACAUUGCGUAUCUGGGGUACGCGGACGACACGACGGUGGUGCUCAAAUCGAAGGAGCAGAUUGGAAGAGCGGGUGCGCUGCUAGAGGAGUUUGGGGAGCUGGGGGGAGAAGUGGAGACGGACGGUGAUAACUUUCUGGCAGACCCUGCAAUCGAAAUUGCCGGCACCAGCGAACCGGUGGGAGUAUGCUAA